GACCCAGCGCAACUGCAACUCAACUAGUUCGGAGUAAAGUGGAGGAAACCACACUUCGGGAUUCACAUGUACACAUACCUGCAGCAAUCGCCUCAAGGGAAGACGGAGGCGGGGCAGGAGACGACGGCGACGGCUCCACGGUGGGUGGAGAAGGCUCCUCCGCUGGAGGAGUGACCUGGCUCUCGAUCUGGCCCAUGGAGAGAUGCAGAGCGGGAGCGGGAGCGGGAGAAGGCGGCGGUCACGCUCGUUUCUUCCGGUAAAUGCUAGGGAGAGGCGAAAACGACAGGGCGGCGGAGUUGGCUCAACGCUGGAGUCGAGGCAGCGACCAACCUCGGAAGGAAACUUCGACCCGAGUUCGACUAGCACCGGCGGUCCGGCGCGUCCCCGGCUCCCAGCCUGCCUGCCAGUGCCAGGUGCCAGCCAUCCGAUCUUCGCUUGGCCACGGAACUCUGUGGGCCGAACACCAAUACCCGAGUUCCUGCCUUGCAGGCCGCCGAGAUGGUGGGACCGUGGGAGGCGGCAAACCGAUGGAGGACAGCGUCACGCGGGCCACGCGGCUUUCGGUGCGGCAGCGAUCAGCGCCUCCGCCGUCGCCGUGCACCCCCUCGACACGGUUAAGCACUCCUCCAGCUUCCAGCUGGGCUCCGGCAGUUGGUGGACCGGCUCAGGCCGCUUCUGGCCCUGUAGGUUUGGUCGGUUGCUCAGGGACGUAGGCCGGAAAAAAAUUAGGAGGGACUGAACUAAACUGUCGCAGCGCUACGUUAUAUUGUGUAUAUUUUAAAUUAGGAAAGGCUCUAGUGAAGCUUCAUUGGAUCGGAAGCGGUAGGGAGAGGCCGAAGCGGGAGAAGGCAGCAGUAGAAAAGCAUAUAAAUCCUGAUUUUUGUAUAAAACUUUCUAGUUCAUGCAAUCAUGCCUAAUGGCUUCGGAUUUA